AUGAGUCUCAUUCUAACAAGUUAUCUCCUCUUGUGUUUACUAUCAUCUGCAAAUGCUGAAUUUGCCAAGAAGACUUACAUCAUUCAAAUGGAUAAGUCAGCCAAGCCCGACAGCUUCUCCAAUCACCUUGAAUGGUAUACCUCAAAAGUGAAAUCAGUUUUGUCCAAAUCAGUAGAAGCUGAGAUGGACGAGGAAGGGAGAAUCAUUUACACUUACCAAACUGCUUUUCAUGGAGUGGCUGCAAAGUUGAGCCAAGAAGAAGCUGAGAAGCUAGAGGCAGAGGAAGGUGUUGUUGCCAUAUUCCCUGAUACAAAGUACCAACUACACACCACGAGAAGUCCUACUUUCCUUGGGCUUGAACCAACACAAAGCGCUAACGUGUGGUCAGAAAAGCUAGCCAACCAUGAUGUCGUAGUGGGAGUGCUCGACACUGGGGUUUGGCCUGAGAGUGAAAGCUUCAAUGACACAGGCAUGACAUCAGUACCUUCACACUGGAAAGGUGCCUGUGAGACCGGCAGAGGCUUCGAAAAAUAUCACUGCAACAAGAAGAUUGUGGGAGCAAGAAUGUUUUACCAUGGAUAUGAAGCAGCAACAGGUAAAAUUGAUGAGCGAACAGAAUACAAAUCACCAAGAGAUCAAGAUGGUCAUGGCACUCACACUGCAGCUACAGUUGCUGGCUCUCCGGUGCAUGAGGCUAAUCUUCUCGGCUAUGCUUAUGGCACAGCAAGAGGAAUGGCACCAGGAGCAAGAAUUGCUGCUUACAAAGUAUGCUGGACUGGUGGAUGCUUCAGCUCAGAUAUUCUAUCAGCUGUUGAUAGAGCUGUGGCUGAUGGAGUUAAUGUUCUAUCCAUCUCAUUGGGUGGUGGAGUCUCCUCUUACUACCGUGAUAGUUUAUCUGUAGCUGCGUUUGGAGCAAUGGAGAAAGGUGUUUUGGUAUCAUGUUCUGCUGGAAAUGCAGGACCUGACCCUGUGAGCCUCACAAAUGUGUCACCUUGGAUCACCACAGUUGGAGCCAGCACAAUGGAUAGAGAUUUUCCUGCAGCUGUUAGGCUUGGAAAUGGAAGAAAGAUAACUGGAACCUCACUCUAUAAAGGGAGAAGCGUGCUCUCAGUUAAAAAACAAUACCCUUUAGUAUACAUGGGAAAUAUUAACUCAAGCAUCCCUGAUCCAAGAUCUUUGUGCUUGGAAGGUACUUUGGAUCGUAGAAUGGUUUCAGGCAAGAUUGUUAUCUGUGACAGAGGCAUUAGUCCGAGAGUGCAGAAGGGUCAAGUGGUGAAAAAUGCAGGAGGGUUGGGAAUGAUUCUCACCAACACUGCGGCUAAUGGAGAGGAGCUGGUCGCAGACUGUCACCUCCUUCCAGCAGUUGCAAUUGGAGAGAAAGAAGGGAAGGAGCUCAAACAUUAUGUGUCAACAAGUAAAAAAGCUACCGCAACUCUAGCUUUUCUGGCUACAAGGUUGGGUGUUAGACCAUCUCCUGUAGUGGCAGCAUUUUCAUCAAGAGGGCCUAAUUUUCUUACCCUUGAAAUUCUGAAGCCUGACGUGGUAGCUCCUGGGGUGAACAUUCUUGCUGCUUGGAGUGGAGCCAUUGGUCCUUCAAGUUUGCCAACAGACCACAGGAGGGUGAAGUUCAAUAUACUCUCGGGAACUUCAAUGUCAUGCCCUCAUGUAAGUGGCAUUGCUGCUUUGCUCAAGGCUAGGCAUCCAGAAUGGAGUCCUGCUGCUAUAAAAUCUGCUUUGAUGACCACAGCUUAUGUCCAUGAUAAUACCAUCAAGCCUCUCAGAGAUGCCUCAAGUGCUGAUGCCUCAACUCCUUAUGAUCAUGGUGCUGGACACAUCAACCCCAUAAGAGCUCUUGACCCAGGUUUGGUUUAUGAUAUUCAGCCACAGGAUUACUUUGAAUUUCUGUGCACACAGAAACUAACUCCAUCUGAACUUGGAGUUUUUGCGAAGUAUUCAAACAGAACUUGCAGACACUCUCUUGCAAGUGCUGGGGACUUGAACUACCCAGCCAUAUCUGUAGUUUUUCCACAGAUAAACUCCUCUUCAGUUUUGACCAUUCACAGAACUGCCACCAAUGUUGGGCCUCCUGUUUCCAAGUAUCAUGUUGUGGUUUCACCUUUCAAAGGCGCUUCUGUUAAAGUUGAGCCAGACACUUUGAGUUUUACUAAAAAAUACCAGAAACUAUCUUACAAAGUUACGUUCACAACAGAAUCUCGACAAACAGAACCUGAAUUUGGAGGUCUGGUAUGGAAGGAUGGUGUGCACAAGGUAAGAAGUCCAAUUGUUAUAACAUAUCUGUCACCGAUAUGA